CCUGUGAAACUUCGGCCUUUCACCUGUGAUCAUCCCUGACACGUUACCUGCAGGAGAGCAACAAAUGGCCGCAGCGCAUCCGCCUCAGCCUCCAAACCUGCAGUGAUCUCCCUGCUUGAGGAAGGGAAAGACCCCUGGCUCUCGGGUGUGCAUGGCCUGGAGGACGUGGCGGGAGUCCUCAGCCCAGCAGGACCAGGCAGAAGAGAGGCCCUUCGAGUGUCCCGAGUGUGGGAAGAGCUUCAGAAGCAGUUCGAACCUCAUCCGCCACCAGCGCAUCCACACAGGAGAGAGACCCUUCAAGUGCCCUGAGUGUGGGAAGAGCUUCAGAAGCAGCUCUGACCUCAUUGUCCACCAUCGCAUCCACACGGGGGAGAGGCCUUUUAAGUGUCCGGAGUGUCCAAAGAGCUUCAAAAGCAGCGCUCACCUCACCUCCCACCAGCGCAUCCACACAGGAGAGAGACCCUUCAAGUGCCAAGAAUGUGAGAAGACCUUCAAGUGCAGUUCCCACCUCAUCCACCACCAGCACAUCCACACGGGAGAGAGGCCCUUCAAGUGCCCUGAGUGUGGGAAGAGCUUCAGCAGCAGUUCCAAUCUCGCUGACCACCGGCGCAUCCACACGGGGGAGAGACGUUUUAAGUGCCCCGAGUGUGGGAAGAGCUUCAGCAGCAGCUCCAACGUCGUUAUCCACCAGCGCGUCCACACCGGAGAGAGGCCCUUCAAGUGCUCCGAGUGUGGGAAGAGCUUUAAGAGCAGCUCCACCCUCAUCAACCACCAGCGCAUCCACACUGAGGAGAGACCCUUCCAGUGCCCUGAGUGUGGGAAGAGCUUCAAAAGCAGCUCUGACCUCAUUGUCCACCUGCGCGUCCACACGGGAUAUAAACCUUACAAGUGCUCCGAGUGUGGGAAGAGCUUCAAAAGAAGCUCUGAAUUGAAGUGCCACCACCGUAUCCACACAGGGGAGAGACCCUUUGAGUGCUCCGAGUGUGGGAAGAGCUUCAGCAGCAGUUCCAGCCUCGGUUACCACCAGCACAUCCACACGGGAGAGAGACCUUACCAGUGCUCGGAGUGUGAGAAGAGCUUCAAAACCUCUUCCUACCUGACCGUCCACCAACGAAUCCACACAGGAGAGAGACCCUACCAGUGCUGUGAGUGCGGGAAGAGCUUCAGCAGCAGUUCUAAACUCAACUCCCACAAGCGCAUCCACAGAGGAGACAGUCCAUAAAAGUGCCCUGAGUUUGUGCACAGCUUUGAUUUCAGUUCCUGCCUCCCUACCUACCUGCACGUCCUCACAAGAGACGGAGCCUGUGAGUCCCCAGACUCCUUCAUCCGACAGGUAAUGCGCUGCAGCCAGCAGGGAGAGCUCUGUAAUGUAAUCCUCAGUGUAAUGAAGAUGUGCUCCGGUGCGUGUGAACGGGGAGAUCCACUGUGAGCUCAGCAGGGAAUGGUGUGUGUGGCUGAGGGCAGGGAAACACAAACCCCAUCCAUGUUUGGGUACCCGACCUCGGUCGCAGGACAGAUCCAACCCCCCCUGUCCCCUUCCUCAUCCUGGUUAUCGCUUAUGCGAAUCGACUUCUGCUUUUCCUGUCGUCUCCUGCUCACCACUCCGUUACCUGUCGGAGGGCUACUGCCUGGUGACGUUUUACUGCUGUCAGCAAGUCAAGUCACGACAGCUGCAACACAGAUUUGAAGUUUCCUCAUUGACACCCAGCUUCAGAAGUCCCUGAAUUGGCAAAUGAACGGGGAGCACUGUAAAGAAGCAGCAUCCCAGCUGGGGUAAGAGAGACCUCUGCGAGCACAGCAGGCGGUGCUACGUGCGUCCCGCUCCAGGGUCGUGAUUGCCACUCCAGAGCUCGGAGGAGGUGCUCACAUUUUCACUGGGUGCAUUGGGAUCAGCCAGCCCCUGAUUUCUCCCUGAUCAGCAGGAGAGUUUUCCCAUGCUUUGGAUGGACUGUAGCUCCCUUCUUGACCUUAGAUCCAUUCUUGGUGUUCUGGGCCCGUGUAAAUGCUCUUCCCCCUUCCUUCCUGCCGUGGGAAUUGUGCAUAUUGCUCUCUUUCGGCUGGCAAUAGGGUGGAUAUGCAAAGGAGCUUGGAGUUGGCACUGACAUGGUUGAGAGCUCUGGGUACUGGUUAAGGGAUGAGACAAUUAAGUGGGAAUCUAACUUAAGAUAGUGAUCCCAAUUAGUGGUUCUGUAUGGAAUUGAAGUGGUAUCUCUAGAACAGCAUCUCUUGCCCUCGGCACUGGAGUCCAUCAGUGCUGGUCGCCAUUUAAGAGCCGUCUCUCAAGGGCACUUGUGCAGGUAGAAGCAGACUGCUGGUAGUCAGGAAGCGGGACUGAAGUCCAGCUUAUCUGAGCAGCGUUUUUCUCUUGGAGUUUAGGUGGAAAGGAAAGUGAGUGGACACUGGCAGCCCGGUCAGGCAACAUGGGGGAACAACAGAAAUGCUGUCUACUGUUCUGAGGGUAAGGUUUAUGCUGCCCAAGCUCAGUUAAAGCUGAAGCUGGCCACUGAUGUGGGGGACAAUGGAAAGGUUCGUGUAACCAGCAAAAGGAGCAUCGUGGGUGACGUCUCUUCGUUGCUUGAUGAGGUUGAUCACCUCAUACGUCGGGACAUAGAACAAGCAGUCACAGAAUGCAUGUUUUUUCACCUCGACAUUGAACACUGUGGAUGGGUCGUGGGACUCCUGGAGCCCUGAGCUGAGGAGCAUGACUGCACUGAUGAUAAGCUUCCAGUGGACUGCGAACGUGGGUAGGAUUUGCUGCUCCAGUCGCAUGCGUGUAAAUCUAUGGCCCAUGGAGUUCAUCCAUGGAUGCUGGGAAUUGCAAGAUGUCCCAGUUGUCUGGAAGCUGGGGAACAUCUCAGUUUCUAGGAAGGACAAGAAGGAAGACCUUGCCAAUUCCAGCCCUGCCAGUCUCUCUUCGGUGCCUGGCAAAAUUACAGAGGAGGUCAUGGUGAGAGUUACUGAAAAACGCUUCAAAGACAACACAGUCAUUGUUGUCAGUACAGGUUAGGCCUGACUUUCUGGAGAGGAGCUUUGAGGAGCAGGACCUGGAUGACCUGCUGGUUGACUAUGAGCCCGCAGCGUGCCCUCGUGGCCAAGAAGGCCAGCGGUAUCCUAGGGUGCAUCAGAUGAGUGUGGUCAUCAGGUUGAGGAGGGUGAGCCUCCCCCUCUGCUCUGCCCUUGGUGAGGCCACAUCUGGAGCACAGCGUUCAGUUCUGGGCUCCUCAGUACAAGACAGACAAGGAAUUGCCAGAGGGACUUCAGCAGAGGGCUGCGAAGAUGAUGGAGGCUGGGAGCAGCUCCCUUAUGAGUAAGAACAGCAGCAGGUCUGGGGGAAUCAGGUGUUAGCUGGUGUGGUAAGCAUGGGGUGCCCUGAAACACAGUGAGAUGAGGUCAGCAUGGCCAUAGCCCCCAGCACAGCCUCCACUGCCCUGCUGCUCACUUUCUGGACUGCACAGCAAGUAGAAGAGCCACAGUGCCAGGCAGACGAGCCCCUCACCAAGACCUCCAUGCCCACCAGCAGCUUUGAGAUUCAGCUGGGAUUGAGCUGUUUUCUUCACAGUGGCUGGUAUGACGCUGUGUUUUGGUUCCAGGAGAAAAACAGUGUUGCUGACACACUGAUGUUUAUAGCUGCUGCUCAGCAGUGCUGUACAGAGCCAAGGCCAUUCACAGCGAAGGGCCCAGGCAGCUGGCAGGGAGGAGAAUUAGGACAACUGUCCGAAAGUGGCCAGAGGAAUAUUCCAUGGCGUAUGACAUCAAGCAGAAGGAGUUUUGAAGGGGGGGGUGUUCGCUUUGCUCAAUCCUGCUAUUUGAGGGGCUAGCUGGGCAUGGUUCUGGAAGCGGUGAGCAAUUGCUCGUGCAUCACUUGUUACAUACAUUGCUAUGGAGAUGUAUCUGUCACAACGAUUAUCCUUUUCCUUUCCUCUGCGUUAGUAAAUGACUGUUUUGUUUGUUA